CGGGGACGCCAUCUCGACAGACGGUUCACGUAGGAGGCUGGCGCAGGGAGCUCGGGGAUAGAUUUUUCCAAACUACGAGGCCUUUCGACGUCAUUCAGUUUACACAUAUCAGGAGACAUUGUCCCAUCCAGCCUAUCGACCAGCAAAUAUCCAAUAUCGGUGUUGAGUCAGGAGCUCCAAGCAGCUCGAAGCUUAGCAUCCGCUUCCACGCCUCUUCAGUACUAUAUAUUGUAUCGCUUUGAUUGAUCCUGUCAUCAUCUCCGUGUCACACUGACUGCUACAUCUUUCUCCUGAUUCUCUUGCUACUAGUCCAUCCAUGAAUUUAUCAGAUAAAGAUACAUCUCUGCCAUUUUCCCCUUCAACUCCGCCCGAUAACUGUGGUAUCAAGAUGACGGACGUGUCGGUACCACUAAAGGGUGUUCAGGCGGUUUAUCCGCUGGAUGACUCCGUACAGGCUCAGGAUUUAAAAUUCUUCAAAAAAUCCACUGGAAUCAAGGAUGCAGCCGAUUUGAAGAAGCACAUCAUGGAAAUCCGAGAAACGGCUUAUAAAAGUUUCCCCUAUCCAUGCAUUUGGGGUUUUGAGUUUCUGAAGGGGAAAACAACCUCCCAUCCAUUUUAUCCUCAAGUCAAGGAAAACCAACUCUCGAGUAAACAUCAGAAAUUUUUUAUUGAUCUCGGGACUUUUGUGGGUGUCGACCUGCGGCAAGUUGUCAAUGAUGGAUGGAACCCAAACAACGUUUUAGGCGUAGACAUUCAUCCUGAGUGGAGAGACCUCGGCCAUCAGCUUUUUAAAGACGGCAACGAAGCGCUCCCUUUUUACCUGGGAGAUAUUCUUCAGGUCAAGACCCUCAAUGACAGCCCCUCGUCAGAAGCAAGGCCAGUGCUCGACCUUCGAGACUUACAAGACCUUAACAAGUUGAAAGGCCGAGUUAGUUUUAUCUCUGCCAACCAACUCUUUCAUCUGUUCUCGAAAGGUGAUCAAAAGGAACUGGCCGAACGGUGUGGACGACUUCUUUCUCAUGAGCCCGGCGCUGCAAUCUUUGGAACUCAGUUGGGUCUUCCUGAGGAAAAGCUUGAGACCUACAAGCUUUAUCUUCAUUCCCCAGAGUCUUGGGAGCGGAUGUGGAAGGAAGUAUUAGGUGAAAAUAUUCUCGUGACGGUCAAGCUAGAGGAAGCCGAUACCGAACAUUCGUAUCACAGCUUUUCUGGAGUUGAAAGCCUCUAUUGGCUGUACUGGUCGGUGGCCAGGACUUGAAAAUACACAAGCAUUUAUGAAGCGGGAAUCCGAAACGCUCGAAACACGCACGCUACUGAGCACUCAUGAGUUUUGUAAAGAAUGAUGAUAACUCAAGGUUAACCUGAGCAUUUAUGCUCCGGUCCAAGAAUCGAAAAAGGUACCCUGGAACGUCUGAUUGAAAACAAGUAGAGAAUAGUAGUAUUGGCACUAUUUACAUUUCAUAUUCUUUUACUCCAUCCUGAAAUUGAUUGAAAACGUACACACGCUGUAAUAUCAAUUAGAUGAGUGAAAUAUCCAUUUAUUUCGACAUAAGAAGCACCAAGCAAUAAGGUUUAAGCUGAAAUUUAUGGAAA